CCAACACCUCUGCAGGCACCAGUCUGACAGAAAUUAGGGUCGGCCCGGCAACAAAAAAAGGUGUGAGUCUGUUGACGAAUAUUAAUGUUGCCGCCACAACUAGCACGUCCUCACUGAAUGCUUCUGGAAGCAUCACUUCUACUUCAUCAGCGUCAACGGGCCGUGACUCUCCUUUGAGUAAGUUAUUAUCAGAUGACUUUUUUUUAUUGUGCAACUGGCUUUGAUUUGUUUACAUAAUGUUAGGUGGUCAGCUCUUGUUACCCAUGGAGUGGCAACUUUCCUUGUAGAUCAAGAAUCCAAAGUAUGAGACUUUUAAAGUUUAAAGUCAUAGACUACUAUAAAAAAUUUCAAGAGAUUAAAAAUGAUAUAGAAGCAAUCUUUUGGAAGAUAAGCAAGAUUAAUGUCAACUAGUUAUUUGUAGGAAGUAAUUAUUAAUUAUUUUUUAAAUUUAUUAAAUAAAUGUUAUUUUGAGUUAAAAAUUAUGAGAACUUUUUAAGAUAGCCCUUAUUCAAAGAACUACUGUAAUAUUGUUUUCAAAUUGGUUUAAUUUAUCCAUUAUUGCCAUCUUGUAUCCACAGGUAAAACAGUGACACAAGUUCAGAUACCUGCAACCAGUUCUGGACCUGUGACUUCGAACACUCAAACAAACAUUGACACAGCAGGAAAAAUCCAACAGUCCCCACAACAACAGCAGUCAGCAUUCCCUGACCUUAACAGCAUGUGGCAGAGCAACUUUGGGUCUGGGCCUCCCAGUGCUUCACAUCCAUCUCAGAGUGGGGCACACCAGUCCCAGGGUGGAGCUCAUCCACCGCAGGGAGGAUCACAGGCUGCAUCCUCAACACCAUCUGGAAUGGGUACAAACAUUAGUAACAGCAACAGCUACAGCGGCGGUAUGAUGAUGUCCAACCCCAGCCUGGGUGGGAUGGGUGCUGUGCAGGACAACAGCAAUGAUGACAGCAGCUCGAGUAGUGCUAAUCAGAACCUCAUGACUGGGGGCAGCCAUUCUCAAAAUCAGAUAGGAAGCUUUGGAAACCAACACAUUUCUGGAAGCCAAGGGUAUAACAAUAUGAGCAACCCCUACAUCCAAGGAAGUAUGGGCCCCUAUGGUAUGGGACACUCGCAAAUGGUAGGCCAGAGCCACAUGCCACCAUACAUGUCAGGCAUGCACACAGGUUUCAUGCCCUCACCCCCAGGUUCAUUCAGUCAAAGUUUGCCCCCUCCUCCAGACCAAAUGCAGAACCAGCAACAUCAGGGGGGAAGCAACAUGAUGUAUGGAUCUACAGGAAAUCCAUCCCAGUUUGGCCCCUCGUACGGCCACAAUCAGCAAAACCCUCCACCAUUUGGAAGCACUGCAAGCGGAAACAGCUUCCAUAGUCCUACUAACAGUUCGUUUGGAUUUAAUUCUGAUAUGGGUGGCAUGAACUAUGGAGCCCCAACCACUUCAUCUUCAUUCAUGCCCAACCCUCAAGGAGAUCAAGGCUAUCCUCAGUCUCAGACAAAUAUGCCCUCAAAUUAUCACCACCCCACUAGUCCUCCAUAUGGCAGAGAGAGUUCUGGGGAUAACUUCUCAUCUCAAAGUCAACCUCAGCAGAACCCCAUGUCCUCGACAUCAUCAUCUCAGAACCCAUCAAGUUUUCAAGACCCAGGACUCAGCAGAAAUGCCAGAGACGACAGUCCAUUUUCUCUCACUUUAUUAGGAUCUGACACAAGCACCUCAACUCCCAGUAAAUCAAACAGCAAAUCAUCCCAGCGCACCAAAUCUACCUCAAAGAAAAGUAAAAGCACUGCUGCAGCCCCACGAACAAACAGCCCAAGCGUUACUAAGCCUCAAGCCAGCAGCAAUAAACCGCGGGGCACUAACAAGACACCUUCCCCGGCGCCCAGUCCUCGUCACACAACUCACACCCCAGACACCAGUAAAAGCUUCAUGGACAUUUCCAACAGCCGGCCCAAUAACAAUACUCACAGCAACAGUAGCACCACCAACUCCCAGAGCUACUCGAGUGGGGGUGGCCCGGAUGUUGACAGUUUGAGCAGCAGCCUCAACUUCCCGAACUACGAUUCUGGCCCUGGCUUAAGCAGUGGAUUUAGCAGCUACUGUGGUCCUAACAUGUCAUCUGGUUUGUUGGGCCACUCCCUGGGCAGUGACAUUGGCAUGGGAGGAAGUGCAUUCAGAGCCCACCAAAGCCCUGCAAACCCUCAGCCAUUCAGAUUGGAUGGUGCUGGUGGAAUCAGUGGGAUGGGUAACACUGGCCUCAAUUACAACAGUGGCAUGAGUGCAUUCAGCAGCCCCAGUGGGCUGGGGGCUGCUGGAGGAUACAGCAAUCCAUCUACAUUCGGGGGAUUCGGGACAGGCUACAGUGGUAGUUCCUCAUUACCGUUCUCAUCAUCGCCCAUCAUGCCGCCUCCACCCCAGAGCAUGAUGGGAUACUCCCAACCCCCACUUGGCUAUCCGAGUAUGUCCCCAUUGAUGAUGGGGGGCCCGGCACCACCGGCUCCAGCAUCUAUGGGCGGGUCCAUGUGGCCCAUAAUGCCAUCAUCCAUGAUGGGGGGUAGCUAUGGGUACCCACCCCACCCAUCAAGUAUGGGGUUUCCCAGUGGUCUUGACAGCCAAGGGUUUGGACAUCUAGGGCCAGGACCUAACAAUUAA